GAAGUUCCUGGGUCGACCACGGUGGAUCCGUUUAGGAACCAUACACCCACGAUUGAAGGGGUUUAUGAGUGGCUUAAGGUGUUGGUGUGUGUGCCUAUAGCAUUAGUCCGGCUUGUGCUAUUCGGAUUGUGUUUGUCGAUUGGAUAUUUUGCUACAAAAUUUGCUUUGCAUGGCUGGAAAGAUAAGCAUAAUCCAAUGCCCAGAUGGAGGUGUAGGGUUAUGUGGAUCACCCGUUUGUGUACUAGGGGGAUUCUAUUUGCAUUUGGGUAAGCUCAAUUGACCUUUUUCUGUACUUAUUAUGCAUCUAUGACUAAGAUUUUCCAGAAUAUACUAUUGUUGUUUGAUUGCUUAGAUCAUUAUUCGGACGAAUGAUAUUAUGAUAUUAUGAAUUGCUGUUCAAUUUGAAUCUUUUCUGUAAUUUUGUGUAUAAAAUUGUAGAUUUUUCAGAAAAAAGCUUAUUGACAACUUCUGAACUGAAAAAUGAAAAGGCUAGUUGGGAAGGUGGAUGUGAAAUUUGGUGCCGUAAGACCAACGGAUCAAGAUGAUAGAAGUGAUAGAGUUGGCUUAUAAUUAGUGACCUCAACAAUUGGCAUUGUGGAGGCUAGAUGCCCAAAUUUGAGCUAUUCCCUAUGCUAAAUUUAUGCCAGAUUUAUGGUGUCUCAAAUACUAGCCUGAUUAUGAUUGCUGUUAGCGUGUGUCACCCUUUCUUAUUGAGGCUUAACGCGAUGUAUAAGAGAGUAUAAUAUUUUAUGUAGGGAAAUAUGUCAUUUGCAGUUUUGCACCAUCCGUAGUCCAUUCUAUGAAAAUUUCAGCAAUUGGGAUGUCCAUGAAAAAUAUUUCCAUUUUGUGGAAACUUAUCAUCGUCACAAAAGUGAUGAUAUUAUUUGGCUACCAUUGGAUAAAGCGAAAGGGAAAACCAGCUCCGAGGGAAAUCGCUCCUAUCCUUGUAUCCAAUCAUGUAUCUUACAUUGAUCCAAUCUUCUUUUUUUAUGAAUUAUUUCCAACAAUUGUUGCAUCCGAGUCCCAUGAUUCCAUGCCCUUUGUUGGUACAAUUAUUAGAGCUAUGCAGGUGAUAUAUGUGAAUCGAUUUUCACAUCAAUCACGGAAGAAUGCCGUAAAUGAGAUAAAGAGAAAGGCCUCUAGCAACAGAUUUCCUCGACUACUUUUAUUUCCCGAGGGAACCACAACUAACGGAAGACUGCUUAUUUCAUUCCAACAUGGUGCAUUUAUACCUGGUUACCCUAUCCAGCCAGUGGUGGUUCGCUAUCCUCAUGUACAUUUUGAUCAAUCAUGGGGUCAUAUUGCUUUGGCGACACUCAUGUUUAGAAUGUUCACACAAUUUCACAAUUUCAUGGAGGUUGAAUAUCUUCCUGUUGUUUCACCUUCCGAGCAUCAUAAAGAAAGUGCUGCUCGUUUUGCCGAGAAAACGGGUAGAGCCAUGGCUCGUUCUCUCAAUGUUGUACAAACAUCGCAUUCCUAUGUCGAUUACAUGCUUCUUUCAAAGGCGGCUGAUUCUGGACAGGAAAAUCCAUCGCACUUUAUGGUUGAAAUGGCAAAUAUUCAACAAUCCUUCCAUUUGAGCUCUUCGGAGGCUUUAGACUUCUUGGAUAGAUUUCUUUCCAUGAAUCCAGAUCCCAGUGGAAAAGUCAAAAUUCAAGAUUUCUUGAGGGCUUUCAGAUUAAAGGCUUGUGGCCUCUCCGAAAAGAUUUUUGAAUUCAUUGAUGUGGACAAGAACAGGAAAAUUACCUUUAAAGAGUUCUUAGUGGGAUCAGUUCAUAUACUGAAGCAGCCAUUAUUCAGACAAGCUUGCGAAGCAGCCUUCACUGAAACCGACAUGGAUCAAGAUCAUUACAUAUCCGAGCAAGAACUUGGUGCUUCAUUGUUGCCCGCCAUUGGAAGCUUAAGCACGGAUGAGAUACGUUCGCUGUUCAAUCUCUUUGACGGGGAUGGCGAUGGUCGGAUCAGCAAGGGCGAUUUCAUAAUUUGCUUAAGAAGAAACCCAUUGCUCAUAGGACUUUUUUCUCCCCAUUUCAUGCAUAAAGACUUGGAUCUAAAUGCAGCAGCUGGUUUCUUGGAGGAAACUGUGUGAUGGAAGGUUUUUCUCUCAUGGAGUUUUUGCCCUUAUAGAUGGACAAUUAUGUAAUUUACUUACAAAAAUAUAUAUUGAUCACAUACUUUUAC